GGGCACCAGGAAGUAGUGCAGGAAGGCAGAUCCAGGAAGUGGCAGUCAGCUCCCUCAGGUGGAACUACAGGAAAAAUGGAGGCUCUUCUGAGUGUCAUAAUGUUUGUUGUUCUACCUUAUUCCAAUAAUGAUGCCUUCAUACCUACAACAGUGAAAACAGCAUCUUCAGACAAAUCUCAACUCCUCGGUUUCAAUAUUGAACCUCGGAAAGGAAAUCUUACUGGUGUGAUAACCACUGAAAUGACAACAGUACCAGAAUCUUUCCUCAAGUGCCAUGUGUGUAGUGGCGAUAUACAAUGUUCAAACCCAACCAAGUGUAAUCCGGAGGAGAAAUUCUGCGUGUUUACGAAAUUGGAGACUGACAAGAGGCGUAUUAUCAAAUAUUGUUCAUCCACCUGUCCAUUCCAGGAUAUUCAAGAAAGAAAGUAUCUACAGUUUUAUGCAGCCUGUUGUGUUACCGACUUAUGCAAUUAUAACAUAUUAGGAGAAGGGCACAAGUUAAGAGUCCGUUUUCCAAUGAUAGCAAUGACAUUGGUAGCAUAUUUCAUUGACGCUUUCCAGAUUGAACCGUGAUAUGUUGAAAUAAAGCUCUGACUCUCCCCAAAGACUCUGUCUAUGUGCCACUCCCCAUCGGGCAGUAAGAAAUCCUCAUCCAUGCGCUCCCAGGAAUUUUUUCCAAAAGAACCCACUAGUGUCCUGGAGACCUUCCUCUGGUUCACACUAGCCCCAGAGCAGCAGUCUAGAAAGCAAAUAAAGCCCUUUUUAACAUG